GCUCCCGCUUACCAUCUCAUUUUGGAAGGAAUUCUAAUUGUAUGGAUAAUCAGACUUCUUUUCUCCAAGACAUAUAAGCUUCAAGAGCGAUCUGAUCUAACACCUAAGGAAAAAGAAGAGUUGAUUGAAGAAUGGCAGCCAGAGCCUCUUGUACCUCCAGUGCCAAAAGAUCACCCAGCUCUCAACUACAACAUUGUUUCAGGUCCUCCCACCCAUAUUAUCACUGUUAAUGGCAAGGAAUGUAUAAACUUUGCAUCAUUUAACUUUCUUGGACUUUUGGAUAAUGAAAAGGUUAAGAGUGCGGCCCAGGCAUCUCUGAAGAAAUACGGGGUUGGCACUUGUGGACCUCGAGGAUUCUACGGCACUUUCGAUGUUCAUUUAGAGUUAGAAGAACGGCUAGCAAAAUUCAUGAGGACAGAGGAAGCUAUUAUAUACUCAUAUGGAUUUGCAACAAUUGCCAGUGCUAUUCCUGCAUAUUCAAAAAGAGGGGACAUUGUGUUUGUAGAUGAAGCUGCCUGCUUUGCUAUUCAGAAGGGAUUACAAGCAUCUCGUAGUAACAUAAAAUUAUUUAAGCAUAAUGAUAUGGCUGACCUUGAACGACUGUUGAAAGAACAAGAGUCUGAAGAUCAAAAGAAUCCUCGCAAGGCCCGUGUAACUCGGAGAUUUAUUGUAGUGGAAGGAUUGUAUAUGAACACAGGAGAUGUUUGCCCUCUUCCAGAAUUGAUAAAAUUGAAGUAUAAAUACAAAGUUAGAAUAUUUUUGGAGGAGAGCCUUUCCUUUGGAGUCCUUGGAGAACAUGGAAGAGGAAUUACUGAACACUUUGGAAUAAAUAUUGAUGAUAUAGAUCUUAUUAGUGCAAACAUGGAAAAUUCACUGGCUUCUAUUGGAGGAUUUUGCUGUGGAAGAUCUUUUAUUAUCGACCAUCAGCGAUUGUCUGGUCAAGGCUACUGCUUUUCUGCAUCGCUACCCCCUUUGUUAGCUGCUGCUGCCAUUGAGGCUCUGAAUAUUAUGGAAGAUAAUCCAGACAUUUUUCAGACUCUCCGGGCUAAAUGCGAACGAAUUCACAAAGCUUUGCAGGGGAUUUCUGGAUUAAAAGUAGUGGGAGAAUCUUUUUCUCCAGCAUUGCACCUACAGCUGGAAGAGAGCUGUGGAUCUCGAGAAAAUGAUGUGAAGUUACUCAAAAGAGUUGUGGAUUAUUGCAUGAAUAGCGGUAUUGCAUUAACUCAAGCCCGCUAUCUGGAGAAAGAAGAAAAAUGUCUUCCUCCACCCAGUAUUCGAGUAGUGGUAACAGUGGAACAAACAGAGCAAGAACUGGACAAAGCUGCAUCACUUCUCAAGGAGGCUGCACAGUCUGUAUUGAUUUAGACUGCUGUUUUGUCCUCUUUCUCCAGUUAUCAGGAUGUUUUACACUAUAUAGUGACCUCACUUCAUGUAUUCAAGUUCUUCCA